AUGGAGAGCAACGGAACCGUCCAGGAGAUCCCCGAAAAGAGGAAAAAGCGAAAAAUCCCUAACCUGGAAGGGCCCAAUUUUGGCAGCGCCAAUGUGGGUGCCAAUUCUAGUGCUGCUAACCAACCCCGAAACAGAAAAAAAAUUAUCAAGCUGAAAAAUAGCAAGAUAGAGGACCUGUUCGUUAUAAGAAACUUCCUCCCCAUAUGUGAAGAAUUUCUCGUAAAACAUUAUGAGAAUAUAUUUUCUAACUUGCUGCGAAAGGAGGAUGAGGAAGAGAAUAAGACAAACGGAGAGGGAAAUUCCUUACAUGCCAUUACGAAGGGGGAAGUCGAACAAGAUGAAUCCGAAGUAGACGGGAAGGCAGUUCAGCUGAAACAAAGCGGUGAUCAUAAUGGGGGAGGGAUAAAGCAGGAGGAAUGCGUCAGGAGAAAGAUGAAAAGGAAGAAGAGAAGCAAAAGUGUAGACCACUUAGAAACGGGCAGCGAAAGUGUAGACGACUUGGGUGAUAUACCCACGGUGGACAGUGAAGAGUGGUCUUCCACAGAUGGGUCCGCGCCGAACAGAUCACACUCCAAUCAUGCCCGAAGCAACCUCUACAGAAAGUACGUUCGACACACCAAGCAGUGCCUCCGAGAAAUGGACCUGCCCUUUGACAGAGCAGUCCUCCUGAACAUAGUAGACAAAAAAGACAACACAAGCAAAAUAAUGAAAAUAGUAAAUAAAAAAAAAGUAAUUAGUGCAUUUGGAGACACAUGGGAGUUCAUGAUUGAGCACAUCCUGUCUCUAAAGGAACACAAGAAUCUCAUGAAGAUAUACGAUAUAUACGACGACGAUAAAAAUUUUUAUAUGAUCAUGGAAAAGCUACAUGGGAAGGAGCUGUUCAAUUUUUUGGUUUACAAAAAGCAAGUCAAGGAAAGUGUGUGCAAGUAUAUAAUUAGCCAAAUAUUGCAAGCUGUCAAUUAUCUGCACUACCAUAAUAUUAUCCACAGGGAUAUAAAACCGGAGAACCUUAUGUUUAGAAAUAAAAAAAGGAAGGACAAAACGUAUGAGUAUAAUUAUGAGCUAGUUCUAAUCGACUUUGAUACGUGUCAGUUUGUUUAUCCUCCCAGGUUGGGUGGAUUUCCUCGUUUUUAUUACUCCCCUGGAAGUACCAACCUACGGAGGAGCGCUUCUCCAUCCUCCAGUACUACAAAUGGCAUACAGACAGAUUGCUCCAAGUUGUGCAAACACAGAGAUGUAAAAAAAAUGGAACAGAAGAAGGGAACUUCCACUGGGGAAAUUCGCAAGCGCUGCUCCAAGCGUUUCUGUGAGAAAAGCACAAAUGGAAGAAGCACACAUGAACGAAGCACACAUGAACGAAGCACACAUGAACGAAACGGUACACCUAACCUGUGCCACCACUCCGGACGGAAAGAACCACGAACCAAAUCCUCCUCAGGGAAGAAACACAUGAAGCUUGUAGGCACCUACGGAUACAUCGCCCCGGAAAUAAUUAAAGGACAUAAUUACUCCAUCCUAUCAGACAUGUGGUCCAUAGGAAUUAUUUUCUACAUCCUCAUGACGGGCAUUACCCCCUUGCCCAUGUGUCUCAUGGUGAACUAUAAAAACACAAAAGAUAUUAUCCUAAAGAAGGAAAAAAAAGGCAUUAAUUUUAGCCUUCUCUCCUUUAAUAGCUACCCAUUGGCAAGAGAUCUAUGUGAGAAGCUAUUACAGUUCAACCCCGCUGAGCGUAUGCCAAACUCGGUGAUUGCAUCGCACCAUCCCUGGUUAAGAUACUUCAAUAUGAUCGGAAGAAACGUCCACCUCUGUGCAUCUGGGAGGGAGUAUCUAUCACCAUCUCAACUCAGUCAGAACCUGCUGCAUGGCGUACCUUACGUGAAGAAUAAAAGACCUCGCUAUGAAGACAGGAACUGCCAUGUCAUCCUUCCAUACCACAUACACGAACAAGUGUACCAGAAGAAAAAUUUACCCCCUUUUUUGUCUCCCUCCAAUGAGCAAAAAUACUACUACCUCAUCAACCAGGGGGUAAGAAAUUACUACGAGGUGGGAAAUGACAUCCUCCCACAUCCAGGAUUGUCUACCUCUUUGGAGAGGUUCCCAUAUCUGCGAGGGGGUAACCUCAGAGACGACACGCCACCUGCUUAUAACGAGAAGGUCAUUGAUAUGGCGUACUCCGUAGAAAACGACGUUGAGGGGAAAACGCAACCGGUGAAUUAUUACCAGGACGGGGACAGCAAACACCCCCCGAGGAUAUCCCACCAAUUUGCCAGGAGGCACAAUGACGGUGAGGGUGAGGGAAUGGCACCCCUUCGACACGCACAAAAGAUGACAAGGGGAGAUUGUGACGAUGAGGACAACCAUAUGGAGGGUGAUGAAAAAGCGGAAAGUGCACAAAGGAGAAGACCUUUUCGCAGAAAAACGGGAAAUAUUUUAACAAACUUAAAGGGGAAAGUCAAUGGUGCGACUCUCCCCCAGAGUGAGAAUGCCAACCAUGGUGGCGCCCACCCAUAUAUUCCUACACAACAAGAUUUGUGCAGUAGUGAUAACCACCCUCUUGGUGGAAGUUUUGAUCCCAUUUCCGUCCGCCCAGACGGCAACAACUUUGUAGACCUGUUCGAACAUUUAGUCGAAAAAAAAAAAAGAAAAUUCACCAUGAGAGGGAAGCCACUCGAUAACCUCCCUCCAAUUGAAAAUCCCUUUCCCAUGUACUACAUACCGAAUGAAGAACCAAUGAAUCGAACCAGCGAGGAGGUAGACAGAUUUCCCAAACGAAAGGAACACACCACCAGCAUGGAACAGAAAAAUGUGGAAUACAUACGAACGAAAAAUAUGUCAGAAAUAUUUUCCUCUCCCCCCAUGUGCAUAAUCCCGCAGAAUGAUCCUAUGAAAAUGACUCACAUUGACCAUGGGUAUAAAAGGGCAUAUGAUUUUCCUCCACGUAGACACGUUCACCUACCAAAUGGUCACCUCGCCCCUUCACACAAAGGAGGGAAACCCAAUGUAAUACUCCUUCCACAGCCGCUGCCUCCUUCUCUUCUCCCCUUGGUAUACCACCACUCCAAUGAAGGAAGAAACAACACUCUGUUGAAUGAUAAGGCACACCUAACAAACAGCAGUGAAGACAUCGUUGGCGUGAUCAGCAGCGAUAGACAGUCUAACACGUCUUAUGCGAAUGUGGUGGCCAAUGCAUAUGACCCUUGCCAAGUGACUAACCUGUACGAGAUCUCCAACAGUUUGAAUGAACCACAGGAGGGACACAAAAAUGGUAUCCACAGUCAGCACGACGAGCUUAACACCAAUUUGGCAGGAAUCACCACCAGAAGCAAGAUCCCCCAGAAGGGUACCAGCAGGAAGAUCCCCCAGAAUGACACCAAAAGUAAGAUCAUCCAAAACGGCACCAGCAGUAAGAUCACCCAGAAUGGCACCAGAAGUAUGUUCCAACAAAAUCGUAACAUGCCACCCAUAUAUGUCAACUAUCGCAGGGCCUACAAAAAUAACAUCGAAAUGGUUCCCUCCAUGUUCAGAGAAAAUUAG